AAAGAAAACAUCAUUUAUUUAAACUAAGAUUGUUUAGCGAAAGGCGGAAGAUAAUUACGUGUUGUUUAUGUCUUGGGAAUCUUGGAUAUAUGUUUGGAUUAAAAAACAGUGAUAUUUUAGUAUAAAUUAUCAACAUGCUACAAGACUAUCUUUUGAAGCACCACACGAAAGACUUGGAAGACAUACUGAAUGCUCCGGAGGAUCAUUUAUCCUAUUCAAUACACAUAAAUUUUGUGUCAUUAUUCGAAGCUGAUGCCGAAAGUGCACAGAAAAUUUUACGCCAUCCUAGACACUAUUUACCACAAUGUAAUGAAGCAGCAGUAAAAGCUCAGGAACAAUUGGCAUGUAAAACUGGACAAAUAGUAAAAACAAGAAUUCACAUUCGAAUUAUUACUGUACCAAUAAAAAUUGAUGUUGGUCAAAUUGGUGAGCUAAUUUCAACAUCUGGAAUUGUGGUACGCAUGUCUCAGCCCACAGUUAUGAAAUUGAAAAGACGUUUUAUCUGUAAAAAAUGCAAGCAUAUUAAUACAGUCAACUUAGAAUGGGAAAAACAAAAGUUUAGAAAUAUAAAGUAUUGUGAAGCAUGUCGUUCUGAAGGUUUAACAGCUUCAACAUCUUUGGAACAAGAUGAUUGUUCUGAUUACCAAGAAAUAAAGAUUCAGGACAAAUGUAAAACAGACACAAGGAGUUGUUAUUCAGUUGGUCUGCAAGUGGUUUUGUUGGACGAUCUUGUUGAUAAAUGUAAACCUGGAGAUAAUGUAGACAUCAGUGGAAUAAUUAUACGAAAAUGGGGUCCGCUAAAGGUUGGCCAUCGCGCAGAAGCUACGACGUUCCUGUUGGCAAAUAGCAUUUCUGUACGCAAGAAAAUCACAGAAGCAAUAUUCUCUACGGGAGAAAUAAAAGAUACUUUUAUAGCAUAUUGGGAACAUCAUCGAGAUAACGUGUUAUCUGGUAGAGACAAUAUUCUUGCUUCUAUUUGUCCACAGUUAUACGGGAUGUAUAUUGCGAAAUUAGCAUUGGCCGUUGUUUUGUGUGGCGGUAUAGCAAAAACUAAUGAAACGGGGACGCGUAUAAGAGGUGAACCUCAUCUUCUUUUAGUCGGAGAUCCUGGCACUGGCAAAUCACAGUUGCUUCGUGUUGCUUCCCGACUGACUACACGGUCUGUCUUUACAACAGGUGUUGGAAGUACUGCUGCUGGACUUACAGCAGCUGCUGUCAAAGAUUCAGAUGGUUGGCAUUUAGAAGCCGGGGCUUUAGUGCUCGCGGAUGGAGGUGUGUGCUGUGUUGAUGAGUUCGCAACAAUGAGUGCGCACGAUAGAACUUCUGUACAUGAAGCAAUGGAACAGCAAACCAUUUCCAUUGCCAAAGCUGGCAUGGUGAGCACAUUAAAUAGCCGCUGCUCAGUUAUCGCGGCCAUCAAUCCAGAUGGUGGAUGUUUUAAGGGUGAAGAAUGGAAAACUUGCUUAGGAAAUCCCCUUUUGUCGCGCUUCGAUCUGAUUCUUCUUCUGAAAGAUACUAGAAAUGCUGAAUGGGACAGAAUGACAUCAAGUCACAUUUUGAAAACUGCCUGUGAAGACGAAGAAAACAAUUCAUAUUCUGAAUAUAUGGGUCCGUUGAAUUUAAUGGGCUUGUGGUCAGAAGAGACUCUUUGUGAAUAUUUCGCACACGUGCGCACGUUAAAGCCAGUGUUAACCGAAGAGGCAAAGAAAAUACUUAGCGCAACUUAUCUUUAUCAUAGAUCGGACCCGCACAGAAGACCAGAGAGAACAACAGUGCGACUCUUGGAUAGUCUUAUCAGAUUAGCUGAAGGUCACGCAAAACUCAUGUAUCGAACCAAAGUGGAAGUUAUGGAUGCUGUAACUGCUGCAGAAUUGGUUGGAACCACACUAGUAAAUAGUUCUGAUGCUGGUUGUCCAUUUCCAACAAAUCCAAUAGCAACAUAUCAUUCAAAAGCAAAAGACUUACUCAAAAAGCUGAAUUUACAGGAAUUGGAAUCAUUCCUAUAAUAAUUAAUUUGCCAAAGUCAUAAUUAUAUUUAAAAAAGAUUAAAAUUUUAUUUAUAUCUUAAUAUUUUCGUAAGAUAAACAUCUGUUAAACUUGAUACAACUUUAUACUCGAUGAUUUCGAAUACAAAAUGUUGUCUCUGAUGUUUAUUACAUCUGUAAAGAGUUCAUUUUUUUUAAUUAAGUUGUAUUUAUGUUUAUUUUAUCAUUAGCAUUAUAAUAUAUGAAGAAAUACAAAUAAACAUUGUAUAUUUCAAAUCCAAUAAAUAACAUUUUUUAACA